AUUUCACAUGGCGAUUGGGCGUGCAGACUAGUAAAGUUUUAGAAGGACCCAAAUUCCAAUACGGAUUCUCGUAAUAUCAACCCCCAAAUUUGCACCAACAUUUGCUUUACAAUGCGUUGGUUUUUGUAUUCUCUACAUGGGCUUCUAUUUGGAGAUAAAGAUGUCCAGAGAGCUGAAUCCAAAGACAAUGGCAAUAAUUUUUCAGACAACAAUAUCAAGGCAACCCCUCGAGGGUAGUUGGCACCUAUGGCUAGAUGUCUCCAAAGUAUGCUGUGGAAGGUUGCUUUUCCCAGAAUUUGUCUUGGACUGCUACUAAAGGAGAUUGCUAAUGGAAGAAUAGAAAGUACCUUUCUGGAAUACAAGUCUUUGAGCCUCUUAAGCUACAUAUGUUAUCUAAAGUAAUUUAAGUUCUCUUGUACGAGUUUUGUUGCUCUUGCUUUACCUCUUUAUUAAAGAGACAAAGACCAAAUAAUUCUGCAUGGUCUGAUAUAUAGUUGGGAGCAUUGUGCGUGCAAAAAUUUCCUAAACACAGGCCAUUGUUGGAGCAUUGAUUUCCAUGCUUGAUGUCGACGAAAUUACUGUUCUUUAACAUCCAAAGCAACCAGGCUUUACUCAAAGGAAAGUUAAUUCUACUAAUGGGUUCCCUCUAAAUGGCCAAGAACAAUACCCAGAAACCUUACUGUCUACUAGUGCCACUUUCAAGGCUGGGUUUUUUAGCCCCACGAACUCCACAAAUCGCUAUGUUGGAAUUUGGUAUAAUAUCGAGGAAUCUGAUGCAAUGGAAAUUGUAUGGGUAGCCAAUAGAAACAACCCAAUUAAUGACUCUUCUGGGACGCUGAUAAUAUCUGAAGACGGAAAUCUUCAACUUUUAGAUGGACAAAACAUGAUAUAUUGGUCUUCAAACGUAUCUCAUCAGGCAAAUAGUACUUCAGUAGCUCACCUCCUAGACACUGGGAAUCUGGUUUUGGUUUCAAGUGCUACUGGGAUGAUCAUCUGGCAGAGUUUUGAGCACAUGACGAAUUCCUUGUUGCCACAGACCAGGAUCAUAAUUGACCUCACAAUUGAUAAUGGUUUGUAUGAGGAUGAGAAACCAAUACUACGAUCCUGGAAGAGCGCUUCAGAUCCAUCAAACGGACGCUUUAGAAUUGGAAUGAUUCCUUUCCCAAUUACUGAAUUUGUCACUCGCGAUGGUGAUAAAACUUAUUGGCUAUCUGGCCCAUGGAACGGUAGCCUGUUUCUUGGAGUGCCAUAUAUGUCUCAGAAUGCAUUUGAAAUCUCUUUUGACCACCUUGAAGACACACUAGAGAUAUUAUAUUCUGUGGCAAAUGUGUCAUUGUUGGAACACUUUGUUCUGAAUUAUGAUGGAAAUGUGGUUCUAAAAUACUGGGAUGACGAUGAUCGGAGGUGGAGAAUUUCAUGGCAAUCCGUUCAAUCCGAGUGUGAUAUUUAUGGGAAGUGUGGCCCUUUUGGACGUUGUAAUCCGAAGGAUUCACCAAUCUGCAAUUGCUUAAACGGGUUUGAGCCAAUGAAUGUCGAUGAGUGGAGCAAAGGAAAUUGGACUAGUGGGUGUGUCCGAAGGACACCAUUGCAAUGCAGCAAUACAGGACGUAAAGCAGAUGGAUUCUGGAAGCUAAAGCAUAUGAAAGCGCCACAUUAUAUAACUUUUGGACGGGCAGCUGAUGAAGAUGAUUGUAGGAGGAGGUGCUUGGAAACUUGUUCAUGCUUAGCUUAUGCAUAUCCAGUGGGAAUUGGGUGCAUGAUAUGGGAUGAAACCCUAUUAAUGGACAUACAGGUAUUCUCCGGCGAUGGUGCUGAUCUAUUCAUUCGUCUGGCUUAUUCAGAACUAGAUGAAAGUCAUGAAACUAGCAAUAACAAAACAAUUAUUGCAGUCGUAGCAAGUAUUGGUGCAGCUGUAUUUGUUGUCUUUGCGUACUGUCUAUGGAGUUGCAUGAACGGGCGAUAUGGGAAGAAAUCCACAAAUGAGGAAACAGAUAUUGUUGAAUCCGGAAUUGAUCAAGCUGAAUUCAAAGAUUUAUCAUUGUUCAAAUUCAAAGAGUUGGAAGUUGCAACAAACAACUUUUCAGAAAUCAACAAGCUUGGGCAAGGUGGUUUUGGUCCAGUGUACAAGGGACAAUUGGAAAACGGGCAGGAAAUAGCAGUUAAACGACUUUCCAGGGCAUCUGGACAAGGCUUACAAGAAUUUAUGAAUGAGGUUCUUCUGAUCUCAAAACUGCAACACAAAAAUCUUGUAAGAUUAUCUGGUUGCUGUGUAGAAAGAGCAGAGAAAUUACUAGUUUAUGAGUACAUGUCAAAUAAGUCUCUAGAUGCACUUCUCUUUGAUUCACAUCAACAAAGACAAUUGGACUGGAAGAAGCGCUUCAAUAUCAUCAAUGGGAUAUGUAGAGGUCUCCUGUAUCUUCAUAGGGAUUCUAGAUUGAAGAUUAUUCAUAGAGAUCUUAAAGCAAGCAAUAUUUUGCUUGAUGAAGAGCUUAAUCCAAAGAUAUCUGAUUUUGGAAUGGCAAGAAUAUUUGAGAAUAAACAAGAUCAAGCCAAUACUUUAAGGGUUGUCGGAACCUAUGGCUAUAUGUCUCCGGAAUAUGCUAUGGAAGGCCGGUUUUCCGAAAAAUCAGAUUUAUUUAGCUUGGGAGUGCUACUACUUGAGAUUGUCAGUGGAAGAAAAAACAGUAGCUUCUUGAAUGAUGAAUCCUUGAGCCUCUUAACUUGUGCAUGGAAAUUGUGGAACGACAAUGAUAUGGCUUCAAUGAUUGAUCCAACCAUUCUUGAUCCAUGCUUCGAGGGUGAGAUUAUGAAGUGCAUACAAUUGGGGCUAUUGUGUGUCCAAGAAUUUCCGGAAGAUAGGCCAACCAUUUCGGCAUUGGUUUCCAUGCUUGAUGUUAACGAUCUAACUGAUCUCCCGCAUCCAAAGCGACCUGGCUUUAUUCAAAGGAGAGCUUCUUCUACUGAUGAGGACCCUCAAAGUGGCCAAGAACAUGGUUCUGUAAAGAAUCUAUCUUUGACUGUAUUCAGUGGUCGUUAGUUUGUGGGAAUUUUUUCUGGUUAAAAAUGAUGUAAACAACUGGUAUUAUACUACAUUUAAGUGUAAAAUGCGCAGUGGACUAGUGAUUAAUUCUUAUGUCACUCAAAAGAUUUGGCUCCUUGUAUGAAAACUGCUGGAUGCUAACAUAUUUGUAAUUGAAGAUGUCUAGUGUAGUAAUUGCUCCAACUUUUAUGGCUAGUUACUGGCUUUAUUAUUUUUUAUUUAUUUUUACUUUAUGUUUC